UUCGUCAUCCCUCUUCAAGGAUGCAAUGAUGUCACAUCACCUGUCACGCAAUCCCGCGAUAAACCUGGUAACAACAUGGCAGGCGAUGAGCACCAUGUAAACAAAGGCAAAUUUUACCUGCGAGGUGAAGGUAUGAACGAUAAGUCGAGGGAACUUUACGAAAGAAACGCUUUGGGGAACAUUGUCUCGCACCUAUUUCCGGGGUAUGGAGAGUUCUAUGCGGUUCCGUGGACAGCCAAAAAAGAGAUUUUCGAACUUUUGUCAGUGUUCGUCAAAAAUGGUUGUGAUACUUUCGAAUACGUUGGAAGUUUACGUAAGAAUGGGGGAAUCUUGGCGGAAGAGACGAGCGACUUAUUGCAUGUUUUGAAGCCUCAUAUGCACAGUAGCUCAAAGAAAGAAGUAAACAGAUAUUUAACUGCGCUAAAGCAACCAUUUUCGCGCCGUGUGAGUGAGCUUUUUAUUGAUGACUUUGUUGGCCGUCCAGAGGGAAAGAUUUUUGGCUGGAUCGAUUUAGGGACAACGCAGAUUGAGUACGUGGACCCUGUUAAGCUUACUGCAAGAGUGAACAAGUCGAGAAUUGAUCAAGAGUGUUCGCAGCUUGCGGGGAAAACACACAUAUACGUAAUUUGUAAGGUAUGUGACUCUGAAAGACUCCAUUACUAUCCAACUGUAGAAUACAGAUCAAAUUCGUGGCUUGGUAAUGAUAAAUCAUUACUAGAAAACCAAAUCAGACUUUGCACCAAGUCUUUGGAUAGAUGUUGUAUUUCUCUGGAUGUGAGAGGUCCAAGAGCAUUAAGUGUCUGCCGCAUCCCACUGACCUGUGGUGGGAUACUUGGCAUACCCAUGUAUGAUGUCAAACUUACCUCAACGAACUGUUUUAGGACAGAUUGGGAAGGAAAAACGUUUUUUGCUCAAGAACUUGAUUUUGAGUUUGUUAACUGGUUGACAUCCCAAGUACAAGGCAUGAGAACCAAACAUUUCUGGCAGCCUGCACUGAGAAAGCUGUUUAGUUUUCCUGCGAUAGAUGAUAGACAGGUGGCACUGGAGUUUUUGCUUGAAACCAUGAAGAAAUUUCAGACAGAAGAGGAAGGUAACAUCCAACUGGUUGAUCUGUCCUUUGUGAUUUCCAAUCCCCCUCCAUGUUUGAUGUCCAGUCCAUUUAUCCUAGCCUCAUUUCUGAGAGGGGCUGGUAUUGUCUUGACUUCCUCUCAGGAGGCUGAUGAUGGUGAGAGAUAUGAAGAACAAGUAGUAUUUCAACCAGAAAAUUGCCAAAAGUAUUUGGGAAUUUUGGAAGCUCUUCUCACAGUGCUUGUGAAAGGUGUUGUAACAGAAGAGCAGGGAAAAUGCGUUUCCCAGCUUCUUGCCACAGAAGUAGUCUCUCUACAAGAACUGUUUUACACGCAGAUGGGCUGCAUAUGCUCGCCAUGGAAAAGCCUAGACCCAUGCGAAAAGCCUUUGUUGGAAUUAUGGAAAAAUCCCUCAAGGACAAGAAAUUUCCUGAAAAGCCUGGGACUUCAAGAGAUUUACCAAGGAAACCAAGUGGUUGUUAUCUGCCCCGAGGACUGCCAGUUACUGAACAUUUUAGCGUUAUUUUUCGGAAACAUUGACUAAGAAAUGAUACCGCGCCGUGAUAGGUUACAGUCUCUCUUUCCACAUGUACUCGCUCAGUACUGAAGCAUUUUACCGUUCACUGAUUCCGAUCGUCAUUAAACUAUGAUUUGCGCUUCGCCCUGCGCUUGCAAGAAAUCUGUUGCAUAUAUUUCUUCUG